AUGAAAUACUGCUAAACGAAUGAAAACAAGUAAAUUACAGAGAUUAGAUUUCAUCCGUAUUGUAUUUUAUUUAAGUCUAACAGGAAUUUUCGCACGUUUUCUGAUAGAAUAGGUAAAGGUUGGGUUAGAAUAAGCACUAAAGGGGAGGGGGAACUAUUCCAUGCGGUAGCGCAAGCUCUUUCACAAAAUCUCAUUCUCUUGGCGAGACAACGUGCGGUCACGCUGCGACGAUUUUCAAUUACUUUUGCAGUUGCUAUUUCUUAACCAACGACUUUUGCUAUUUCAUUAUAUAAAGAUGCACAGAUUACCAACUGUGUUGCGUGGUGCUGCUUUGCGUCAAUUACAAACUCGUACCUAUGCCAAAGAUGUACGUUUUGGAUCAGAAGUUAGAGCGCUUAUGUUACAAGGCGUAGACAUUUUAGCAGAUGCUGUUGCCGUAACAAUGGGUCCUAAGGGCCGUAAUGUUAUUUUGGAACAAAGUUGGGGUAGUCCAAAGAUUACCAAAGAUGGUGUUACCGUAGCUAAGGGAGUAGAGCUGAAGGAUAAAUUUCAAAACAUUGGAGCAAAAUUGGUACAAGACGUAGCAAAUAACACAAAUGAAGAAGCAGGCGAUGGUACCACCACAGCUACAGUGUUAGCAAGAGCUAUCGCUAAGGAAGGUUUUGAAAAAAUUAGCAAAGGUGCAAAUCCUGUAGAAAUCAGAAGAGGUGUUAUGUUAGCAGUUGAUAAAGUUAAAGAUGAAUUGAAGGCUUUAAGUAAGCCGGUCACUACACCGGAGGAAAUUGCUCAAGUUGCAACUAUCUCGGCUAAUGGAGACAAAGCCAUUGGUAACCUUAUUUCUGAUGCAAUGAAAAAAGUUGGAAAGGAAGGUGUUAUUACAGUAAAGGAUGGUAAAACCCUGCACGAUGAACUUGAGGUUAUAGAAGGAAUGAAGUUCGAUAGGGGCUACAUAUCUCCAUACUUUAUAAAUAGUAGUAAAGGAGCAAAAGUUGAAUUUCAAGAUGCACUUUUGCUCUUCAGCGAGAAAAAGAUAUCGUCUGUACAAUCUAUAAUUCCUGCCUUGGAAUUAGCAAAUUCACAGCGAAAACCACUAGUCAUCAUUGCCGAAGAUGUUGAUGGCGAAGCUUUAUCGACUCUUGUCGUCAACAGAUUAAAAAUUGGCCUACAGGUGGCUGCGGUUAAGGCUCCCGGGUUCGGAGACAAUAGAAAAGCAACACUUCAAGAUAUGGCAAUUUUGACCGGAGGCAUUGUUUUCGGAGAUGACGCAAAUCUUGUGAAAAUAGAGAAUGUACAGUCGUGUGAUUUGGGUGAAGUAGGAGAAGUAGUAAUAACGAAGGAUGAUACACUCUUCCUUAAAGGCAAAGGGAAAAAGAGCGACGUUGAUCAUAGAGCAGAUGUACUUAGAGAUCAAAUUGCAAAUACAACUUCAGAAUAUGAGAAAGAGAAACUGCAGGAACGACUGGCAAGAUUAGCAUCAGGAGUUGCAGUUUUGAGAGUUGGUGGCAGUAGCGAAGUAGAAGUUAAUGAAAAGAAGGAUCGAGUUCACGAUGCUCUUAAUGCUACCCGUGCUGCUGUUGAAGAAGGCAUUGUUCCAGGAGGUGGAACUGCCCUUCUAAGAUGCAUACCAGCUUUAAAAGCUCUUAAAUCGUCAAACAGCGAUCAAGAGACGGGAAUAAAAAUAGUAGCGAACGCCUUACGUAUGCCAUGUUUACAAAUUGCUCAAAAUGCUGGUGUUGAUGCGAGUGUGGUAGUCGCGAAAGUCAGUGAAAGUAAUUUAGGCUACGACGCUUUGAAUGACGAGUAUGUUGAUAUGAUUGAGAAAGGAAUCAUUGAUCCAACUAAAGUAGUACGUACAGCGCUUACCGAUGCUGCGGGUGUUGCAUCGUUGCUUACAACCGCGGAAGCAGUAGUCACAGAGUUGCCUAAAGAAGAACCUCAGAUGCCAAUGGGCGGUGGUAUGGGAGGAAUGGGAGGUAUGGGUGGAAUGGGAGGUAUGGGCAUGUAAAAAGUGAAAUCUCACAGAAAGACUGACUUUCAUAUUGUCAUUAAUAUUUGGCCAAUACCGCAAAUUAAUCACAAGGUGAACUUUCAUGUUGUACAUGGCGAUUAGAGUUGUAAAAUACACAAUUACACUUUCCAAUUAUGUAAUCAGAAGGUCGAAUGUGUUUAGUAGAGUUAUACUUAGAAAUGAAAGAUACAGAGACAGACAGGAAACAAAUUAGUUGUCUACACGUUGUAAUAUUUAUUCCAUAAUCAUCUUCCUUUGCGUUGCAUUUAUAAAUAUAUUAUCGUUCUACCGAAAGCACACGUAUUUAAAAGAAACAUGUAAAUUUACUUUUACAGUUUAUACGAAUGUUGUACGUGGAAAAAAUAUUACAGCUUUCUCCAGUUCUGGAUAAUUAAAUGAACGAAAUUUAAAUAUGAAAUUUAAAGAUUUGUUUUUAACGCGAUAAAGCACGUAUUUUCGCCGUGUUAGAUGUUAAUCGAAUCGAUUUACCGUUAUGCCGUGAACAAUUUGUCAUUAAGAUGUAAAAGCAAAGUGGUUCUUGAGUUUUUUUUUAUUCAGAAAAGGAAAAAAACUCCGUCUGCGUGAAUGAAAGAGAAUGCAAGUGUGUACCAAACAUACGUAUUGAGAAUAGGGUAGAAAAGCAAGUUCUCGUAAUUUUUUUAAAUGUUACAAUUUAUUUUCCAUUUUUUAGUCUGAAUAAAAAUAUGUUUAAAUCA